CAGAUCACGUCACGAGGAAUAUUAUAAAUGCAGCUAAUGGGGAUGUGAUUACUGUGAGUUGUAUAGAAUGCAAGCUACCAACUUUUAACUUUCUAAACCAUGAUACAGUUACUUCGUUGUUUGCCAAUUUCUGGACGCAGUUUAUUCAAAUAUGAAUCAAUACGUCAUGGACGUUCAUUUCUGAUAAAAUAUUUUAACUGGAAUGGACACCUCCAACGUGGUACAAACUUGGGCCUUGUAUUGAGAUCAUGGUGCCCUCUGUCGACUAAAAUGCAGAACGUUGUAAAUUACAACUUGUCUGCGAUAUUUUUUCAUUACAAUACAAGUAGCAAAUACCAUGCACAGAACACCAAUAUCUUUCAGCGUGUGACAAACGGUACGCUUAGGUACGUGUAUAAUAUGGAAUCUUGCAGGAACAUGAGUACUUCUCAUAAUAACCAGGUUAAUCAGGAUAUACAUCAUUUUAGACCAAAAAAAGCUUUAAUACUGACUAAGUUUUCACGUUAUGAGUAUGAAAAAAGAAGACACCCAGAUUUGUCAGAAGAAGAGCUCAUAAAAAAUUUGGAAGAAAGAGGAUCUGACUACCAGAGUCUUCUUCAUCACCAUCAUAUUCACACAAAAAACAAAGACUUGGUUGUGGAAACCCUUAGACAGUAUGGAAUAGAAACAAAAGUAGUGAACAGGUUUGGUUAUACAGAUGCUAAUAUUGAAUGGGCUGAUAUUAUUUUUACAACUGGUGGAGAUGGAACAUUUCUUAUGGCUGCCAGUAAGAUUCAUAGACAAGACAAACCUGUUGUAGGCAUCAAUAGUGAUCCUUCACGUUCUGUAGGACACCUGUGUCUUCCAGUGAAGUUUACUGAUUGUAUACCAGAAGCUGUGGAAAAACUCAUGAAUGGCCAGUUCAAGUGGACUCAGAGGCAACGGAUUAGGGUGACCUUAAAAGGAGAACAGGCCUAUACACCCCCUGUAGAACUUCAUAACCAACAACUUCAGUAUCCAGAAUACAGGUUCAUAGACUGUUACCAAGAGCAGCAUAACUGUCAAAAAGGAUCGGUUUUCACACCUGAUGGAUGCUCCAAUUUUGUUCAUGAACUUCCUGUUAUGGCCUUGAAUGAAGUGUUUAUUGGUGAAUCUCUUUCUUCUAGGGUAUCCUAUUAUGAGUUAUCUGUUGAUGGGUCACCCAAAGUCAAGAUUAAAAGUUCUGGCUUAACUGUCUGUACUGGAACAGGAUCAACGUCUUGGUCAUUUAAUAUCAAUAAGUUGACCCCACAGUGUGUGGAACAGUUGCUCAAAAUUGUAAAUGAAGAAACAGGGUCAGCACUGCCACUGGAAGACAGUAGAUUAGUUGAACGAAUCACAACCAGAUUUAACAACUCUUUGAUUUUUGAUCCAUCAGAAACUUUGCUGGCCUAUACAAUUCGUGAUCCUGUAGUAUUUGGCACAGGGUUCAGCAGUAAGCCUCGAGGAUUUGCUAGAAGAAUUGAGGUGAAAUCCAGAAUGUUUGAUGCAUGUCUAGUUAUUGAUGGCGGUUUAUCAUUUUUAUUUAAUGAUGGUGCUGUAGCUACACUGGAUAUACUUGAAGAUGAUGCUUUACGAACAGUCACACUUUUGGAAUGACUGUGUGUAUAAUUCUAAAACUUUCCAUUCUUUUACUUUGUAGAAAGGUAUAUAUUAUUAGCCAUGUUAUAUGUUUAACCAGUAAUAAAACAAGUUUUACAAAAAAUUUAA